UUGAAAAUAACAUUCAAUUGUUUGUUGCUUGAAGUUAUCCCACAAGACCCAUACAUUGAACUGGGUUCUGAUAUCAAGAUCUUGUUCAAGAGUAAAGCAUUAUCGAACAGCCAUGGGCAAAUCUACUGGACUUUAAAUAACAAACGGAUAAAUGAAGGCUUCUAUGAAACCAUCAACUCCACCUCUUCUGCUGUAUACCUUCAUAAUUUUACUCUUCAGAAAGCAGUUGUGCAAUGUCACAGCAUGACUGGACAAGUCUUGGGUGGAACCAUUAUCAGAACAUACCAGAAGCCCACCAACAUAUCAUGUAUCACAUACAUUUCAAAAAAGAAGGUUAUGUGUAAUUGGGUGUUGUACUCUUCAAUGAACGUGAACUACAUUGUGUAUAGGAAAUGCAUUGGGGAGUUGUACAAUGUCAGCUGCAGCACAGACAAACUGUCUUGCACCUUUGACAGAACAUCAUCUAAUCCCUGUACUGUCACUGUGAGAGCCAAAACCAUAGCCUGGGAAGUUGAUUCAAACUCGUAUCAAUUAGACUUAUGGAAUACAGUUAAGCCUGAACCUCCAGAGAAUGUCAAAGCAGAUAUGAUUCCUUUCUCUAACCAUUUGAAAGUUAAAUGGGACAGACCAGAGGGAAAAUCUUUUUACUUCUCCAUUAUAAACUGUCAAGUUAAGUAUGCUCAGUAUAUGGUAAAUACAACAAUAGAUAAACAGGCUCUCAGUGGCAAUCUGACCAUUGAGGUAAUGGAGCCAUGCACCAACCACACCAUCUCUGUUCGAUGUAAUUUGGGCAAAGGUCACUGGAGUGAAUGGAGCCGGGAGGCAACGGUCCUAUCUCAUCUGAAAGUGAAUGCUGUUCAGCUCCAUCUAUGGAGAAAGAUAGAGGCACCAGAUGAUUCUGGGACAAGAAGAGUGUUGUUUAUGUGGAAGGGGAUUUCAGCUUUGUGCAAGGCUAUAGAUGGGUACAGCCUAGAAGUUUUUUCUGGUGGCAGUCUAAAACCCAGUAGCCUUUUUAACACAACUCAGGAUACACUUUCUGUUCUCCUGGGCAAGGCAGCACACAUAGUCACCCUCACUGCCUUUCAUGGUGACAUCCUAUUUCAAGAACAGUCAACAUAUGUGCCUGCCACCGGAGAGAGUCUCCCCCAAGUUAAGGAACUCCAUGCCUUGGUCCUCCGUGGUGAUUUUGUGGUCACCUGGGCUCCUCCUGACCAGCCUGUCAGUACCUAUGUUGUGGACUGGAACACGGAAGUGGGCCCACACAACUGGAUAGACACCAGGAACACAAACAUCUUACUAACUGGGCUGCUAUCAUGUCAACUAUACAAUGUGUCAGUCACCCCACUCUUCCAUGACAGAUCUGGACAGGAAAACAGAGUUCAGAUAUGCUCUAGCGAAGGAGUUCCAGGAAUUGUCUCUACUGAUGUCAUCCCCCAAGAUAUAAGUGCUCGGGUAAACUGGACUGUGUUGCCAAAGACCGAAUGUCGCGGGGCAGUCGUCAACUAUACUGUGUUCUACUGGAACAACAUUGGCCCUAAACUCAAUAUAACUGUAGAAAGACAUAAGCAGGAAGUCCUUUUGGAGGGCCUCCAGCCAGGCAUGCAUUACAGCUUCUACGUCACAGCCAACACUGUCACCCGGGCAACCAACAGCAGUGUGACUUCCUUUUUCACCAACAAAUAUGAUCUUUUCUUUAUUAAAACACUUAGUGUCUGCGGAGGCCUUUUCAUAAUCUGUGUCCUCUUUACUGGACUCUGCUGCGUCAUCCAGUGGAAGAGUAUCCUGGGAAAGAUGGUGCCUGACCCUGGUCACAGUUCCUUGGCUCAGUGGCUCUCUCAGAACUCCCAGCAGAAACAUUUCCUUAUGACUCAACAAAUGUGUCCCUCCAACAAACCUCAUGAACAUGAGAAGAUCUACCACUGCAAGGUGGACACAAUGGCAAGUGACAGUAGCUUUGAGUCUGGUGGAGAUAAGGAACAACCGGCUGGAGCCAUGAAGUUCAUCGGUGCCCAACCUGAGGAAGAGCUGAGCUCUGGUUGUGGUAGCAGGACCUUUUGUGAGUGGGAACCCAGAGAGGAGAGAUUUGACGCUGACCCGAACCCUCCUAGCCUCCAGACACCAUGUGGGGAGGACAAAAUGAAGACAAUGACUUUUGAGGACUCUUUUAAACCACAAGCCUUGAAUACUUGUGUCCACAGCCCUUAUUGGAACCAAGAUCCCGUGGAGAGAUUAGGUGCAUGGACAGGAGAGACGAGGUUGCUUUCCAACAAAGAGUAAGCAUAUAUGACUUUGGAUACGUUACAACAGAGCAAAGGGUAAAAGAGAAGAGAAACCAACGUUUAACCACACUCCUUCUGUAAUUUAUUUGGACGGAUGCAAUUUUGGGGCCUGGGAAGCUUUGUAACACAGGUACAAACAUGGUAUAUUUUAAAAUAAAAAAAGAAACUGAUCAAU